CCGAUCUAAAUCCUGAGGGAGGUUAUAAAUGACAUUUAUAACAAACCGAAGAACGAGGAACUUUGUCGGCUGCGGCAGAUCAAACGCUUUAUCAAAUGCUGCUGUUUGGCAUGAUAAAUAUUUAAGCGAUCGUCCUUGAACAAUUGUUUGUGUUUAUAUUAUCAGUACGUUCUCCGGUACGGCAAAGCUUAUCGCAAGGAGUGUUUCAAUCUUUUUGCUGCAGUAAGUGUGUAACAACUGAUAUUUUACAAAGAAUUGCUUUCAUACUAAAAGUGGAGAAUAAUAAUUCAAAUGCGUUUUAAUAUGCAGUUUUUACUAUUAUUACCAAUUAUUUUAAAUAUCAUAAAUAUCAGUACAGCAUGGCGUACUUUCUUGAGAGGUCGGAGCAAAUAUGGCAAUUUAGGAGAGCCAAUUUUAUCUUCUAAAACUUAUGUGCUUCCUGAGGAACAAUGGUUCACGCAACAUUUAGAUCAUUUUAAUCCAACUGAUGCUCGUGUUUGGAAGCAGAAAUAUUUUGUCAAUUCCAAUUUUUAUAAACCAAAUGGCCCAAUAUUUUUAAUGAUUGGAGCUGAAGGUCCAGCAAAUGCUAAGUGGAUGGUAGAAGGUCAAUGGAUUGAAUAUGCCAAAGAGUUUGGGGCAAUGUGUUUUUAUCUAGAACAUCGUUAUUAUGGAAAAAGUCAUCCUACCCCGGAUCUUAGCGUAAAGAAUUUGAUAUAUUUAAGCUCACAGCAAGCAUUAGCAGACUUAGCAUAUUUUAUUCAUAAUAUUAAUAUUGGAUACAAAUUUUCAAAUGAGACAAAAUGGAUUGUAUUUGGAGGAUCAUAUGGAGGAUCUUUAGCUGCUUGGAUGCGUGCUAAAUAUCCUCACUUAGUACAUGGAGCUGUAUCUACCAGUGGACCAUUGCUAGCGCAGAUAGAUUUUCAAGAAUAUUUUGUUGUUGUUGCAAAUGCUCUGAAAGAUUCUUCUAAAAAAUGUAUUGAUACAGUAGCAGAAGCUUACAGAGAAUUAAAUGUAUUGUUGCAUCAUGUUGCUGGUCAACAACAAAUAGAGAAAAGAUUCAAAUUAUGUGAUCCAAUUGAUCCUGGGCAUACAAAAAGAAUAGACAUUUCCAAUCUGUAUGAAACAUUAGCAAGUAAUUUUGCUGGCAUUGUACAGUAUAAUAAAGAUAAUCGCCAAAGCUCCCAACCUGCUAAUAUCACUAUUGAUACCGUAUGUGAUAUAUUAGUAAAUGAGAAGAUAGGAAUACCUAUCGAUAGACUCGCUUAUAUAAGCAACAUGAUAUUAAAUGCUACUAAGGAAAAGUGUUUGGAUUACAGAUAUGGCAAAAUGAUUCGUGAACUUCGAAAUAUUACUUGGGCUAGUGAACAAGCAGAAGGAGGACGUCAAUGGAUGUAUCAGACUUGUACAGAGUUUGGAUUCUUCCAAACUUCAACUGCAAACCCUAACUUGUUCAGCAAUGCCUUUCCAGUAAAAUUUUUUAUACAACAAUGCAUCGACAUUUUUGGACCUAGAUAUGAUAUAGAUUUAUUGAAAUCUGCUGUCACUCGAACAAAUAUCUUAUAUGGUGCAUUAAAUCUACAAGUGACAAAUGUAGUAUUUGUACACGGUUCUGUUGAUCCUUGGCAUGUACUAGGUAUUACAACAUCCUCUAAUCCGCAAGCACCUGCUAUUUAUAUCAAUGGCACUGCACAUUGUGCAGAUAUGUAUCCUUCAUCAGAAAAUGAUAUGCCUCAGUUGAAAGAAGCUAGAAUACAAAUAAAAGAUUUAAUCAAACAAUGGUUAAAGAAUUUGUGAGGUACACACACACAUAUUAUCAUGUAUAUGUAUACAUCACAUGUGUGAUAAUGAUAAAUAAUAUAUAUCGUAUAAAUAUCCACAUCAUUAAAAAAAAAUGCCAAAAUUUCUCAAAAUGUUUUAAACGAUUAUUAAUAUCGCGGAAUUUUUUUUUCUUUUAUUAUUUUUGUUACUUUUCUCAUGUAAAAUGAAAAACAUUUAUAUAUGUAUAUAUAUGAAAUAAGUAUAUAUAUAUUCAUAUAAAUAUGUUUAUUCUCUCUCUAAAUUCUUAUACAAAGUGGUAUUAAAUCUAAUAAUAUUCGCAUACAUGUAAUAUACGAAUGCGCGCUAAUAUUAUGUACCAUGUUUGAGUGACAAAAAUGUUUUUUCAAUAGAUUAAACAAGUUUGCCCCAAAUGGCACUAUCAUAAUUUAUUGCGAUAAAUAAAAUGAUGGAAAUGCAUAUACAAUGUCAUACCGCAUGUGAUUAUCUCAGUCAAUAAAUAAAAAGAUAUUGCAAAAA